AUGAAGCUUCUGUUGUUUACUUUGCCCUUCGCUUUUGCUCUUUUGCUUGCAUCUUCCUUCGCUUCUGGUGCUGUUGUUGAACACACUUUCAAUAUAGGUAACUUCACUGUGUCGCGUUUGUGCAAUAAUCAAGUGAUUACAGCAGUAAAUGGAAGCCUACCAGGACCAACCAUUAACGUUGAAGAGGGUGACACUCUUGUGGUUCAUGCAAUUAACAAUUCACCCUACAAUAUUACCCUUCAUUGGCAUGGAAUUUUUCAACUUUUGAGUGCUUGGGCAGAUGGUCCUGAAUCUGUGACUCAAUGUCCUAUACGUCCUGGUGGAAGGUAUACCUAUAGAUUCAACAUAACAGGACAAGAGGGGGAGUGGUGGAAUGCUAAUGUUGUUGAUGUGGAGAAUAAUGCAACUGAAACUGGUCUUGGUCCAGUUGAUUCAGAUGCCUACACCAUUAACGGGUUGCCUGGUGAUUCAUACAGUUGCUCUCAAAAUCAGACAUACAAACUCAAAGUGAAGCAAGGAAAAACCUAUUUGCUACGAAUAAUCAACGCUGCGCUCAAUGAGCAACACUUUUUCAUGAUAGCCAACCACACUUUCACAGUGGUAGCCAUGGAUGCUUCCUACACGGAACCCUACAACACUCAAGUUAUAGUCCUUGCCCCAGGCCAAACAGUGGAUGCACUCAUAACCACAAACCAAACCCUAGCUUCUUACUACAUGGUUUUCACCCCAUACCACUCCAACCCUAAUGUUACAAUCAACGGUAACAUAACACGAGGGUUGGUCGUUUACGACAAUGCCACGACAGCGUCAUCACCGGUGAUGCCAAACCUCCCAGCCCAAACAGACACAUCCACGGCCCACAAGUUCUACAGCAACAUCACGGGCCUGGCCCACGGGCCCCACUGGGUCCCCGUGCCACGUCACGUGGACGAACACAUGUUCGUGACUUUCGGGAUCGGGUUAGACCAUUGCAACGAGACGGGACCAAACGCGUGCGGUGGACUAAACUUCAGACUCUCGGCAAACAUGAACAAUGAGUCGUUUGUUUUGCCUAAGGGGCUUUCAAUGAUGGAGGCCUUCUAUCGAAACGUUAGCGGUGUGUACACGAGAGAUUUUCCGAGUAAUCCUCCGUUUGUGUUUAACUACACCGAUCCAGCGUUGGAGACGAACGGUACGGACAUAGCGUUUGCGCCGAAAUCGACGAAGGUGAAGAGUUUGAAGUUCAACUCAACGGUGCAAGUUGUGCUUCAGAAUACGGCUAUCCUUGCCGUGGAGAAUCAUCCCAUUCACCUUCAUAGCUUCAAUUUCCAUGUCUUGGCUCAAGGGUUUGGGAACUAUGACGCAAAAGUUGAUGAAUCGAAGUUCAAUUUGGAUAAUCCUCAGAUUCGUAACACGGUUGCAGUGCCGGUGGGAGGAUGGGCCGUCAUUAGAUUCCAAGCAAAUAAUCCAGGCAUGUGGCUUGUGCACUGCCAUUUGGAGACUCAUUUGCCAUGGGGGUUAGCCAUGGCUUUUGAGGUUGAAAAUGGACCUCAACCAUGGGUGCUGCCUCCGCCACCAGCUGAUUUGCCUCAGUGCUAA